AGGGAGAAGAGACUUUAUGGAAACGAGAGCACGGACCUUGAGGACAGAAAACCUGCAGCCAGAGUUUCGUCUCUGAGGAGUAAACCGUCCGAUCCAAAGACCCCUCGGACCUCCAGAGACAUCGUGCGGCGAGUCAGCAGCGGCACGAGGACGGACAGAAACAUCAGAUCUCCGAUACAAGACACAAAAAAACCCAGCGUCAAAACCUCUGCUAGUCCUCCACCCAGUCCACCUCCCCACCGUGACACCAGGAGAGACUCCAGCAGGAGGACAUGGGAGGCGGAGGAAGAAGAAGCUCCUCCUCCAACUCCGACUGUAAGGACAUGGAGGAGUCGGAGCAGCCAAUCACCUGACUCCUCUUCUCCAAAACCUCCUUCUCCCUCCUCCCCUCAAAGCUCUGUCUCUUCGUCAUCUCCCGAGGAAGAACGUCGUAACAGUUUCAAACCUCCUCCGGCUCCAAAGCCCAGAAUCUCCUCGGAAGAGCGGACAUUUGGACUUCCCUCUGAAAAGCUUGCUACACCACCUGACUCGCCUCCACCAAUCAGAGGGCUUGUUGCUCCAACUCAAACUCCUCCUCCUCCUCCAGUCGCAGGAACACCUUCUUCCCCUGAUUCGUCACCAUCUCCAACGAGGAAAGAGCUCCAAAGUGAGCCAGAUCCUCCUGAUUCUCCGUCUAAUGCAACUCCACCUGACUCCCAGACUCCUCAACCAAUCACAGAGGAGGAAACCGAAUCAGCUGACCUCUCACCUCCAAUGAGAGAGCUUCCUCCGUCUCCUCCACAACGUCAGAGGAAGUUAGAGGAUCUCCCAGAGGAGGAACACGGCUCCACACAGGAGGUGACGGCAGAGCGGCCAAUCAGAAUGGAGGGAAUGCUGGAGAUCAAACUGAAACAAGGAGAAAACAAGGGUCUGGAUCACUGGGAGGAAGUGUUUGCUGUUCUGGAAGAAGAGACGCUGAGUCUGUUUAACGACAGAGCCGCUGCUGCAGAG